AUGAGGACGGGCGGCGGAGCGGUAAGAGCCUCGCUGGCUUUCCUUCGCCUCCUUCGGCGCUGUGGCGUCCAGGCAACGGGGAGCGGGGCCUCUGCAGGGCGGACACUGUGGUCGUGUAGGCGCCGGUCCUCGUCUGGACCCCCGUGGAGGCUCCUGUUCUUCGGCUCGGAUCAGUUCGCUGUAGAGUCUCUUAAAGUCCUCGAAGCUGACAGGAGCUCCAAUGAGGGCGUGGUGGCAUCCCUGGAAGUGGUCACGUUGAGCGGCGACGUUCCCGUGUCCAAGUUUGGUGAACAGAAGUGCCUUCCGGUCCACAGAUGGCCGCUGGGCGGCGUAGACGGGCGCUUUGACGUGUGCGUGGUGGUGUCGUUUGGGUGUUUGCUCCAAGAGAGACUCAUCGCCAAGUUCCCGCAUGGGGUUUUAAACGUCCAUCCUAGCCUCCUGCCGAGGUGGCGUGGCCCGGCGCCGGUUUUCCACACUAUCCUGAGCAGAGACGCUGUGACGGGCGUCACCAUCAUGCAGAUCCGCCCACACAGGUUCGACGUGGGUACCAUCCUGAGCCAGGAACUCUAUCAAGUCCAGGAGAGGUGCACGGCUGAAGAGCUCGGCAACGUCCUCGCCGUCAAAGGAGCUCAGCUGCUCAUGGACACGCUGAGGACGCUCCCGCAGAUGAUGGCCGACAAGCGAGAGCAGAGCCAGACGGGCGCCGCCUACGCGCCCAAAAUCAGCUGGUCUAUGAGCUGGGUGGAGUGGGAGGAGCAGACGUGCGAGCAAAUCGACCACUUGUAUCGGGCAAUCGGAUCGAAGAUCCCUCUGAGAACCACGUGGAUGGGACGCACCGUCAAACUGCUGGACUUCGUGGGAAAGUGUCACAUCUCCUUAGCAGAUCCCAGCGGGAAGUCCACGCCCGCCUCGGUGAGCUUCCAGAAAGAGUCCAACGUCCUCGCCGUUUGGAUUCUUGGCACCACACUUCUUGUUCCUCUUGUUAAGGUACAGGAGAAGAAGAAGACGGCACAGAGGCAGGAGUUGUUGAAGGUGCGUGUUAAGCAAGAUGCAGAAGUUCAGGGAGGGCAAGGCAAGCUCCGAGGUCCGUGGGCAGGGUAG